AUGGCAUGUCGUGAGUUUUUGGUCAUUUGGAUCGGACAGCGGUUCCUGGAAAUGAUUAAAACACAACAAAAAUAUACAACUGAUGGUUGUAUUAGCGACGUAAGAAGUGCGAGGACCUUAUCAAUAGAGUGUGAUCUGCUCAGUGAUACGGACCAUGGAAUGAAACGAGUCCAGUGUGCGGGCCAGUGGCCAGUGUCCAGUGUCCGACUACUGCUCGUUUUUACAUUCGAUGGAAGCAGCCGAGUGGCACAGAUAUAUGGAACGCAUCCGUCACCAACAAAAAACACGCCGGAUACGGACGGCCGUCUCUAUGAGAGGGAGGGAGGGGGAGGGGGACGCUGA